CUACCUUGCUACGAGCCAGAACCAAGUAAAGCCAUUCUCUCUGAAACUCGAUCAGAGUGAUAGUGAUAGCUAAAACACUGAGACAUGGAAAUGGAGCAGCUCCUCAACAUGGGCUUCCCCUCCGACCUCGCCGCCGAAGCCCUUACCGCCACCGGCGGUACCUCCGCUCUCAAAGCCACCGAUUGGAUUCUCAACCGCACUUCCUCCACCACCGCCUCCCCCUCCCCUCCCACCGCCUCCCCCUCCCCUCCCACCGCCACCUCUCAACCCAAACUCGACCGCUUCUUCCUCUCCCAAUCCCCAAAUCCCCAAUCCCAAGAACAACAACAACAACUCCCCAAGCGCCGCAAACUCCUCGUCCCGGAAACCCCGCCGCCUCCCGCAAUUACCUCCGAUAAACCAGUAACCUCAACCGCCGCAUCCAACCACCACCAGCCUUUAUCGGAGCGCAUGCGGCCCAGGACCCUAAACGACGUCGUCGGCCAGGACCACCUCCUCUCCCCAAACUCGCUCCUCCGCUCCGCCAUCAAAUGCGGCCGUCUCCCUUCUCUCGUCUUCUGGGGCCCGCCCGGCACCGGGAAGACCUCCAUCGCCAAAGCCCUCCUGAACUCCGCCUCCUCCGCCUCCGCCGCUAAACCCUACCGCUUCGUUUCGCUCUCCGCCGUCACCGCCGGCGUCAAGGACGUGAGGGACGUCAUCGACGAGGCUCGGAAGAGGAAGAAGCUCAACGGCCAGAGAACGGUGCUGUUCGUCGACGAGGUUCACCGGUUCAACAAGUCGCAGCAGGACUCGUUCUUGCCGGUGAUCGAAGACGGCAGCAUUGUCUUCAUGGGCGCCACCACUGAGAAUCCUUCGUUCCAUUUGAUCACGCCGCUCUUGUCUCGCUCUCGUGUUCUUGAUCUCCGCCCCUUGAGCCCCGAAAACAUAGAGCUUCUCCUCCGGCGAGCAGCCGAAAACUCCGAAAUUGGGUUGUAUGUGAGCGUAGGAAUGCAAGUAGGUGUAAAUGAGGAAGCCAUUCGUUUCAUAUCCGGCAAUUGCGACGGAGAUGCUAGAGUGGCACUCAAUGCAUUGGAGAUUUCAGCUACAACAGCAGCUGCCAGAGCCUCGCCGACUCCGGAUUCAGUAGCCGGUGUGACCUUGGAGGAUGCCAAGGAGGCAAUGCAGUGCAAGCAUGUGGCUUCAGAUAAAGCUGGGGAAGAGCAUUACAAUCUUAUCAGCGCACUACACAAGUCUAUGAGAGGAAGUGAUGCCAAUGCAGCUAUUUACUGGCUGGCGAGGAUGGUUGAGGGAGGGCAGGAGCCUCUGUACAUUGCACGGCGGCUUGUAAGGUUUGCCAGCGAAGAUGUGGGGUUGGCGGACCCGUUGGCUCUUAACCAGGCUGUGGCUUGUUACCAAGCUUGUCACUUUAUUGGAAUGCCGGAGUGCAAUGUGGUUCUUGCACAGUGUGUGGCUUACUUGGCUUUGGCUCCGAAAUCGAUUGCUGUUUAUAAAGCAAUGAAUAGUGCAGCAGAAGUUGUGAGGAGUUCGGUUGGACAGAAUGAGGGUGUUCCUCUACAUCUGAGGAAUGCGCCGACUAAGCUGAUGAAGGAUUUUGGGUAUGGGAAAGGAUAUAUAUACACUCCUGAUGAUCCUUCUGCUGAACAGAAGUUUCUACCGCCGUCACUUGAAGGUUACAAGUUUCUGGAUUGGCCAGUCAGUAAUGAGGCUGAUAGAUGAGUAGCUUUUGGUUCGCUGCCCUACCCUGGUUAGGAACUCUUAAUCUUUU